UGAUGGGUGUGCACCUUUGCCAACCUCCUGCCAACUCCUUGAGCCUGGGUGUGUCAGCGUGUAAAAAAACAGAGAGAUGGUUCAAACUGAGCUUCGUACAACUGAAACGUUCUGGAUAACUCGGUGGCUUGAAGAAGAGCUUCUGUCCGCACAAUGGCAUCAUCAACUCCUCCAUCAAAGGCCAACAACACCUUCUCUCUGGCUUUGCUCAAAAAGCUGAGUGAGGAAGACAAGGCAGCAAACGUCUUCUUCUCUCCUUUCAGCAUCUCAGCAGCCCUGGCCAUGGUGAUGCUGGGCGCCAAAGGGAACACAUUCACUCAGAUAUCAGAGGUCCUCGGCUUCAGUGAGGCAGAGCAGCUGCACACUCAGAUACAGCAGUCAACCAGACUGCCGCAGUAUCUGCUCAAGGUCUUCUCUGGCUGUUCGCAGUGCCUGAAACCCCAGAACCCCCAGGAUGAAAUCCACUCCAGCUUCAAGCAACUGCUGAGCUCGCUCAUCAAGGACAAUGCUCCGUACGCCCUCAGCCUCGCCAACAGGCUGUACGGAGAGCAGACCUACCGGUUCAUUGAAAAAUUUUUAGCAGACUCCAAACAGUACUACAAUGCUGAGCUGGAGACUGUGGACUUCAAGAAGGGCGCAGAGGAGGCCAGGGUCAACAUCAACAGCUGGGUGGAGAAGCAGACGCAAGAUAAAAUCAAGGACUUGCUGAAGCCGGGUGCGGUGGACGAUACAACCGUUCUGGUGCUGGUCAACGCCAUCUACUUCAAAGGCAGCUGGAGCCAACAGUUUGAUGAGAAGCUCACGACCGAUGGCUUGUUUAGAAUAAACAAGAAUGACACUAAGUCGGUGAAGAUGAUGCGGCAGACAAAUAAACUCCUUUUAUCCAUCAUUGCUGAGGCCAACCUCCAGAUCCUAGAGAUGUCCUACGAAGGAAAGGACCUGAGCAUGCUCAUCUUCCUCCCCAAUGACAUCGAGGAUGAUACAACCGGCUUAGAGAAGCUGGAGAAGGAGUUAACCUACGAGAAAUUCACGGAGUGGACCCGUCCAGACAUGAUGAGCCACACUGAAGUCGAAGUGCAGCUGCCUCGCUUCAAGUUGGAGGAGUCGUACGACUUGAAGGAGGUCCUGACCAGUAUGGGAAUGGUGGACGCUUUUGAGUUUGGAAAGGCCAACUUCACAGGAAUGUCUACAGCGACCAACCUGGUCGUGUCCCAAGUCGUCCACAAGUCUUUCGUGGACGUCAAUGAGGAGGGAACCGAGGCUGCCGCAGCCACUGGUGUAAUCGUCGUGGAACGCUCUGCAAUGAUUCCUUCCGUUUUCAACGCAGACCACCCCUUCCUCUUCUUCAUCCGACACAACCCCAGCAUGACCGUCCUGUUUGCCGGCCGCUACUGCUCCCCUGAGUAAAGACUUCUGUGCAUCAAAAGCAAGGAUGGAUGAUAAUUUAAUGGAGAAGAGUCUGUAACAGUCUGCUCCCAUGAGCUUACAUUCUGUGUCUGGACCCAAAUUAUUUGUAUUGAUUAUAGCGUAGAAAGGAAAAAGUGUGGAAAUGCAGAAGUAAAUGUAUGAAUAAACAGAAUAAUAAAUGUAUAAAUCCGAGCCAUCCGAACAUGCGCAAAGUAAUUUCCCAGAUUUUUAUUUUUAUUCAUUUACAAAUCUGAUCGUUCAGCUUCACAAAGUUCAUCGUUUUUCACUUUCACAAAGCUUCCAUGUGUUUACGAAUGUGACAUUAUUUUGUGUGGCGACCUCAGUCCACAGUUUAUUUCCAUUUAUUACAAAUUGAUCACUUUGAACUAUUCAUAUUUUCACUUGUAGUGCCUAAAACCUGUUUUUUUUUUUUUUUUUUUUUUGGAAACAGUUGUUGCUUCUAAACAAAUAAGUCACUGUUAAUCCAUUUGCUCUUUCAGAUUAAAAAAUAAAAUAAAUCUUGCAUGGUGCCCACACAUUUGGAUAUAACAAAAUCAGUGUUUGAUUAUUUCAUCCAGUACGAAGUGCAUCAGUGUUUGAAAUAAAGUUUCUCUUUCUCUCAGAAAGCAUUUGUAAAGGCAAA